AUGUGCUAUACAUCGUUCCCAAGGGUAUCUCAGAUGAGGAACCUCGAUAACAAAACUGCAGAUUUGGAGCAGUCCAUUAACACUUGUAAAAACUUCAAUGAAAAGAACACACCAUGUUUAGCUCAGGCCAAGAUAACAGAUGUCACCAGCAAGAUAGGAUCAGAUGUUGACUUGGAGGCUCAAAAAGACAGACAAUUGAAAGACCCUUUACUUGAAGUUGCUGAGCUAAUUGUUGCACUGAAAUUGAAGAAGUUGAAGUAUUUCGAAAGAUUGUUCGCAUUGUUUGUUAUUGCUCUUUGGUUUGCUCGACCGUUGUGGUUGUCACAGUUAGAUUUCAAGUACGAGAUUCUCGACGAGUAUUUGUCCAGAUCCACAGGGGUUAUUCCAUCAUUAAUACUUUUCCUCUCGCCCCUUUUGAAACUACAGCAUUGUAUGAAUACUACCACACUAAAGAAUUUACGAAAUGGAGUGAACUUGAACAAACAUGACAUAUGCAAUAUUGGAAAUGGAACCAAAUGUUUGUUUGGAACAUGGUGGUUUUUGUCAAUGUGUUGGUCAUUAUGGGUGACUUUGUUUUGCCCCACGGCUCUUCUUAAUGAUCGCAAUGGCCCAAUUGCUCCAGCCAUAGCUGUCACAUCAGUUUUUUCCAUUUGUUUAAUGUGCCACGAGACUUUUAUGUCACCAAAAGUCAAUCUCAAAGUGUAUGAGAAUGCAGAUGUAGAGAAGUUGCUACAGGGGGUUGUGCAAGGAAAGAGCAAAUUUAGGCAUUGA